AUGGCUCCAGCUAAGAAAGUUGCUCCUCUCCCUUUGGCCGCCAAGGCCCAGGCCGUCUCUGCCACUCCAGCCAACCCUUUGAUUGAAAGAAGAAAGAGAAACUACGGUAUCGGUCAGGACAUCCAGCCUAAGAGAAACUUGAGCAGAUUUGUCAAAUGGCCUCAGUACGUCAGAUUGCAGAGACAGAAGAAGAUCUUGUCCAUGAGAUUGAAGGUCCCUCCUGCCAUUGCUCAGUUCCAGAACGUUUUGGACAAGAACACCGCCACCCAGACCUUCAAGUUGUUCAACAAGUACAGACCUGAGACUGCUGCUGAGAAGAAGGAGAGAUUGACCAAGGAGGCUGCCGCCAUUGCUGAGGGCAAGAAGGCCCACGAUGUUUCUCCUAAGCCUGUGGUUGUCAAGUACGGUUUGAACCACGUUGUUUCUCUUAUCGAGAACAAGAAGGCCAAGUUGGUUUUGAUUGCCAACGAUGUUGACCCUAUUGAGUUGGUCAUCUUCUUGCCUGCUUUGUGCAGAAAGAUGGGUGUUCCAUACGCCAUUGUCAAGGGUAAGGCCAGAUUGGGUACCUUGGUUCACAAGAAGACCUCUUCUGUUGCUGCCUUGACCGAGGUUGCUGCCGAGGACGAGGCUGAAUUGUCCAAGUUGGUGUCCACCAUCAACGCCAACUUCAUUGAUAAGUACGAGGAGCACAGAAAGCACUGGGGCGGUGGUAUCAUGGGCAAGAAGCACAACGACAAGGUUGCCAAGAAGGCUAAGGCUUUGGAGGCUGCUCAGCCAAAGGUUUCCGCUUAA